AGGGUAAUGACGGCCUCACCCCAGACGAAAAGACUGACAUCAAUAAUGCAGCAGGAGAUACAGAUGGCGUCUACAACCCAGACGAUAUUCAAUACGCUGAAGGCCCAUACAGACGAAAGAGGACGGAUGUCCUUAGGGAAUCGGAUGACGAAAACCUUAUUGAUGACGAUGAUGUGGAACUUAACUUAAAUAAAUCGCAAAAACCCAGUAGAAUUUCUGCUAUUGCCGGAUUCGCCGGUGGCCUGUUUACAAAGAAAAAUAAAACCAACGAGAUUGAAGGCAUGGAAUACGAGAGCACCAAAACUGAAAAAGACUCCGAAACGAUAAUAACUGGAUUCGGUGCUGGCAAUGGAGGCGGCUCUGAAGAGAAGAACCCAAGCAUGUUUGUUACGAGUGUCGGUGGAGGCGGUUCUGAAGAAAAGAAUACCAGCACAUUUGUUGCGGACGGGGAGGAUCCAAACAACUUUAUCGGGAUAGCGGGAGCAGGCGUGCAAUCGAAAAAGGAGAAAUCUGGUAAAUUCUUUGGUCUAUUUGGCAGAAAAGACAAGAAAUCUACUUCUACUGCUGCUGGAGUCAUUGGGGGUUCUGCAGCAGUUGGUGCUGUC